UUUGAAUUGCCAUUUCUUCCUAUUCCUGUUCUUUGUGUUUGUGCAUCCAUCCAUACAUAGUUUCUUCUCUUUUACAGCGCACUAGCAGGCAGCCAAUGUCACGAGGAAGGGAUCCUUUGGUGUUAGGGCAGAUUGUUGGGGAUGUGUUGGACCCUUUCACUAGAUCUGCUACUAUGAGAAUUAUGUACAACAAUAGGGAAAUCUCGAAUGGGAGUAGGCUAAGGCAAUCGGCUGUGGCGGAUAAGCCACAGGUUCAAAUUGAAGGGAAUGAUCCAAGGAAGCUCUAUACACUUGUGAUGGUGGAUCCUGAUGCACCAAGUCCAAACAAUCCAACUGAUAGAGAGUAUCUGCACUGGUUGGUGACAGACAUCCCAGAAACUCUUGAUGCAAGUCAUGGCCCCACUUCCCUGCGUCAGUCGGCGUGGCAAGGCUCCGACCGGAAAUCGAGCUCGAUGGACGGCUGUUAUCCUCCCCCCCCCCACCAGCUCCCGGUGAUCAACGCUUGACUUGACGCCUUUGUGGUUUGUGCGGGCCCACAAGAGAACCAUGGUCGGCCUCUAUUUUCAUGAUCUUUCCAUCAAGCACUCACACACCUAAAUGUUCUUUUGACUAAGAUGAAGCAGCAAUAUUAUAUACAGGCAGGCAUGCAGGCACGUCGAGGAGACACUUCAAAUGCACUUGAGAUGGCUGUUGAUACAUAUAUAUAUAUAUGCGAAUGUUCUCUCUUCUCAUGCAAACUAGAUCAUAGUGAUGUUAGGAAACUUAGUCACUCAUGUUAUCUGCAAAUUGAAUUUUUCUAUAUUUUGCCUCUCAUAGCAACAUAUAUACACAAUUGCAUCACCAAAUUCUUCCAUGCAUGGAAAUAUAUGACUGUGUUAACUUUCUCUAUCA